GGUUUUUCCUUGGAUUUUGGUUUGGUGACCAGGUUUAGGAUGAGUCUAUCAUACACUUUGGCUGUCAAAAUGUCACCUGUCUUUAUGUCACUAUGUAACCAUUCUUCGAUGUUGGCCUGAAGAUUGAAUUUUUCUUUGAUGACUUUGGCGAUUCCAUCAGACAUUAAAAGAUCUGCACCCACGCAAUGAGCGAUGGCACAGUCAGGAGGGGUGUUGAGAAUAUCACCGGUAUACAUUUCAAUAGAAUUGUGAGCAAAGUCAAGGGUUUUAGGAUUGGGCAGAAGUUUCUGGGGUGGUGCCGUUGGUUGAAGAACAGGAUUCACCUUCGGCCCGCUACAUCAUUCGAUCGUGUUCUUCAGCAAAUCGCGUGACAGAAAUGGUCGGGCCACAGGCCCGACCAUCGCCGCCGGCAGGCCAAGCAGGCCCGGCCCCUGCCGAACGGAGUUGCCAGCGGAGCGAAGCGGAGCUGGCAACUUCGUUUAUCGGAAGGGCGGGCCUGCUUGUUUAUUUUUUAAACUUCGAGCAAUAACCGAAGAAACAUGGGCAGCCAAAGUUUGGCUGAAGAACGGGAGAACCCCGUGGCCUAAAGUUCUUGAGAAAUGGUCGAUUGUGACACCAUUUCGCUUUCGUGCUCUUUUUGAGGGUGAAGGCAACUUUGUCAAUUCCUACAUCAAUGAAUGGUCAGUGCUGACUCAUCCAUCUGGCCAUGAACUGGUAUGUAAGCCUGGUCAAAAAAUUACUAAGCAUAAUUAUUAUUACAUGUCUUUUAUUUAAUAUCACGUAUCCUAUAUUAUUUUUUGCUUUAUGUCCUUUCAGAUUCUGCAAGACUUUUCACUUCUUUAUCCUAACUCAGAAAAUGGCUUAUUUUUGAACUGGGACUAUUUCCUAAAUGUCACUGGUGAAAUUGCACGAUUUUAUGUUAAAGAUAAGCUGGCUAAAAAGAAGCUGUUAUAACUUCUUCAACAGGACUCCAAUCUUACUUUAAGUGAGACGACUGGGCUAGUUUGCUGUUGUACGUAAUUCCCGCUGUACGGGCUGGCCACACCAAUAAAAAGGAUGGAAAGCAGAAACGCAUCACAAUCGAGCAAGCAAGAGGGAGUUUUCUUGUGUAUGUUAAGGCAGCUAGUGAUGUUAAGAACGUUGUUUCUGCUCAGAGACAGCUGCUGCUCUCCUCGAGUGGUGGUGGGCAACCACUAAUCGUUCUAGUCGGACCUUCCAGAAUGUAGCAUUCAUUCAGCCUACGUGUCUGUUGUGCAAGGCGGAUGGGAUUUGGAGGCAGAAGAUCUCUUCUUCAAAUCCUUUCUUGCAUUGUAUGUGCCGUAUCCACUGGGCUGGUUUUUUGCGCCACAUUAAAAGGCAUGUACCUGUUCAGGCACAGCCAAAUAUUGAAUUAGCUGUUGAUUAUAAUUUAGACGUUGAUAAUUUUGAAGGGAUACCUGUUGUUGAUAAUAUUAAUGCUAAUGAUGAUGACAAUGUUAAUGGUGGUGGUGAUAAUGUUGAUAGGUAUUCCCUACAGUAUUUUGUUGAGAGUCAUUAUGAGCAGGUUGAAUAUUUUGUUGCUGAACUAUACGCUCACCCAAAUACCAGUCGGAAGCUCGUAGGAGACGUUUUGAAAAAUACUGCCAUUUUAAUAGCAUCCACUGUUAAAAUUCUGAAAAAUAAUGCUUUUCCAAUACUUGUUCAGUGUGACGGCCAUGACACUUUUCCAGAUGAUUGUGAUCAGCUUGAUAAAAUGUUUGAUGUCUUACUGGAUUGCUUUGAACCUAUGAAUACUGAAUACAAACGUUUCUGUGAACUAGAAAGAGUAGGGGAGUUAAUUCGACCUGAACCUUUUCUAAUGGGCCUGAAUAUUUAUUCUAGUCACUGCAGUUACUGCAGAGAUGACCUUUCUUGAAACCGAAGGGAUUCAGAUCAAUACUGGAAACGACAUUCAUCAAAUUUACUUCCGGUUCACUCUGCAUAUUGCAGACAAUGCAGGUUUCCAUGCAGUUCAAGGUUUUGCUGGUAGUUUAAGUGCAAACUUCUAUUGUAGAUUUUGUAAACCUCUUAGAGACACAAUGGAACAUUUUUGUGAAAAGGUGCCUGAUCGCUUUCUUCGUACGCCUGAAAACUACUUGGUUGAUUUUGCUACUAACAGGGUCACUUACGGGUGUUAAAGAACUCUAACUAUUGAACGUCUUGAAAGCUGUUCUUGGAAUUUAUCGCAUUGGGGGGUCUGCCGAUAGAUGGCGAGUGAUAGUGGUGUGUGACUGACUCUCCACUGGACCAUGGACUGGACUUGAACAAUAUAGUUCUGAAUAUUAUUAUUAAGAGGCCACUACACUACAGUACUUUGGAUCUCUAAAACCAAAGCACCAUUUCCUGUUGCCUUUUCCUGAUUUGAUGCUCAGGAACGGCCCACUUCUUCCUUUGGCUACAUUCGCCAGUGAAAGAAACCAUCGGGUGGGGACACUUUAUGCCAAAACCUGCAAUUCUAGUAUUAAUUUUGAAUUCUCUGUUGCUGUUAAAUACUAAUUAGUCUUGUGCAAAAGGUUAAUGAGCCCCGAAAUUUUAUAUCCCAAGCUUCAACUUACAAAGGCUCAAUAUUGGUAUGUUAAUGUUUACACCUUACACCAGUAUGAGCUCUUUAGUGCAUCUUUAAAUCUCAAUCAUGAUAAAAAUGUUCGCGUAGCUGGGAGUGUACAAAUAUGUGGAACGUCCUACUCAGGUGUAGAGGUCUGUUACCAAUAUUCGGUCAGAUACUUCAUAUUAUAGUUAUUAAUGACGAUUUAGUUUACUUUGUUUGCAAUUUAAAAACAGUGUCGUCUUAUAAUGCACAUUUGUGUGCACAUGAAGUUGAUGACACAGAAAUGUACAUAUGUAAAAAGUAUAGUGAUGUUCUGUACUACAGCCCAUUAUGGGUGCGUACUUCGAUUGCAGAUGGGAAAAAAAUUGUCUAUCACAAGCACACUUUGUGAUGCAAAAAUAAAAAUAAUUGUUUGCAAUACAUAUGUUUAAAUUUAUUUCACACAUCUAUUUUUUCACUGUGAAACACUCAUAAAAAUUACCUUCCUUUAAACACUAAAACACUCUUUCACAACUGACGACGCAAUGUAGAUGGCUACAAUAAACGGGCUG